AGAGCGUCUGGUGAACCCUAGUAAACUAGACUGUGUCCUUUUUAACGAGCAGACGCCAGGAAGGCAGGAACUUGGGCAAGUCGGGACUGAGGGUCUCCUGUCUGGGGCUCGGAACAUGGGUGACCUUCGGAGGCCAGAUCACCGAUGAGAUGGCAGAGCAGCUAAUGACCUUGGCCUAUGACAAUGGCAUCAACCUCUUCGAUACUGCAGAAGUCUACGCGGCGGGCAAGGCUGAAGUGGUAUUAGGAAACAUCAUCAAGAAGAAGGGAUGGAGACGGUCCAGCCUGGUCAUCACCACCAAGAUCUUCUGGGGAGGAAAAGCGGAGACGGAGAGGGGCCUUUCCAGGAAGCACAUCAUAGAAGGUCUGAAGGCCUCCCUGGAGCGGCUGCAGUUGGAGUACGUGGACGUGGUGUUCGCCAACCGCCCAGACCCCAACACGCCCAUGGAAGAGACCGUGCGCGCCAUGACCCAUGUCAUUAACCAGGGGAUGGCCAUGUACUGGGGCACAUCGCGCUGGAGCUCCAUGGAGAUCAUGGAGGCCUACUCCGUGGCCCGGCAGUUCAACCUGAUCCCGCCCAUCUGCGAGCAGGCCGAGUACCACAUGUUCCAGCGCGAGAAGGUGGAGGUGCAGCUGCCUGAGCUCUUCCACAAGAUAGGAGUGGGUGCCAUGACCUGGUCCCCUCUGGCCUGCGGCAUCGUUUCCGGAAAGUACGACAGUGGCAUCCCGCCCUACUCGAGAGCCUCCCUGAAGGGCUACCAGUGGCUGAAGGACAAGAUCCUGAGUGAGGAGGGCCGGCGCCAGCAGGCCAAGCUGAAGGAGCUACAGGCCAUCGCCGAACGCCUGGGCUGCACCCUCCCCCAGCUAGCCAUAGCCUGGUGCCUGAGGAACGAGGGAGUCAGCUCCGUGCUCCUAGGUGCUUCCAGCGCAGACCAGCUAAUGGAGAACAUUGGAGCAAUACAGGUCCUUCCGAAACUGUCAUCGUCCAUUAUCCACGAGAUUGAUAGUAUUUUGGGCAAUAAACCCUACAGCAAAAAGGACUACAGAUCCUAAGAAGCCCCCGGCCGCUUGCCCGGACACUUUCCGUUUCCCUCCUAGUCUCUCUUGUUCGCUCGCUUAAGCUGUUUUGAAGCCAUGUCAGGGGUGUGGUUUGCGUCAAAAAGAAAACAUCACAGCGAGAUGUCGUCGGGGAAAAGGUCUCAAAAGUUGCUGCAAGACACCAUUCGCUGCUUCGCGGGACCGAACUCAGAUCCAUGCCCGGGAGACCGCAUUGACAGGGCAGGAUGUUGGAGCCGUCCCGCCUGAGCCCGCC